UCGCGUUAUUGUCCAAUAAACUGCCUUAUCUUCUUCAUCUGUCGUACUUAUCGACGUGUUCUUUCGUUUGAAUCGAACGUAUCUUCUUACUCACACUUGCAAUGGCUGGAGGCAAAGGAAAGGCUGGUGCUGAAAAGGCUCCCAAAGGUGGCAAGUCGCGCUCUUCUCGUGCUGGUCUUCAGUUCCCUGUUGGCCGUAUCCACCGUCUUCUCCGCAAGGGCAACUACGCUCAGCGUGUCGGUGCCGGUGCACCUGUCUACUUGGCUGCGGUGUUGGAAUACCUGGCUGCUGAAAUUCUAGAGUUGGCAGGCAAUGCCGCUCGCGACAACAAGAAGACGCGUAUCAUUCCUCGUCAUUUGCAAUUGGCCAUCCGGAACGAUGAGGAGCUUAACCGACUUCUCGGCAAUGUGACCAUUGCUCAAGGUGGUGUCCUCCCCAACAUCCACUCUGUCCUCUUGCCCAAGAAAACCAAGACUGGAAAGGGCGAAAAGGGAGGCUCUCAGAGCCAGGAAUACUAGGCUGUCGGAAAGCCAAGGUGUUUUUGAACACCCGAGUUUUGUAUAUAUGUAGUAUGGGUGCCGCCCAAAUAUGUCUAUAAGGAGCUACGCUAUCAGCCA